AUGGACAGCCGAGGACUACCAGCAUGGGCAGCGUACUUGCUCCUUGCGCCCAUCAUCGUGUUGGGCAUGUGGCAUCUCAACAGCGCAUUAAUCCCACCUCCACCUCCGCCGGCGCAACUUAGACAGAAACGUAUCGUCCUUCUUAUUGCGCAUCCUGACGACGAGUCCAUGUUCUUCUCUCCAACCCUGACCCGUCUCACCGAUCCUGCACUAGGGAACCACGUCAAGAUAUUAUGCCUGUCGUCAGGAAAUGCUGAUGGGCUGGGAGAAACCAGGAAGAAAGAGCUCGAGGUAGCCGCAAGCAAGCUCGGCCUGCGUAAACGAGAAGACGUCUUUGUCAUGGAUGAGCCGUCACGGUUCAAGGAUGGCAUGAAAGAACGAUGGGAUGACAAGGAGAUCGCCAAGGUGCUGGCCCAAGCCUUUGCGCCAGACGCUCAGCUCCCAGAGGCAGGCGAGAAGACGCAAAAGAGGCAGAAGAGCAAGGACAAAAACGGUCCAAGGGCGACGAUCGAUGCACUCAUUACUUUCGACAGGCACGGAAUUUCUUCUCAUCCUAACCACAUUGCCCUCUACCACGGUGCAAAGACCUUCCUUACAACCCUUAUGCGCGAUCAUUCUGGCUAUUCUUGUCCUAUCACACUUUACACCCUUCAGUCAAUCAACAUACUCCGGAAAUACAGCUUUGUCCUCGAUGUACUGCCGACAUAUUUUACUGGUAUAGUCAGCGAUGUGGUAGCUGGUGCAACCGGAAAGAGGAAACCGGCGAAAAAAGGCAUAAGCAAAGGCAACAAGGGUGAUCGCGUAUUGUUUGUGAGUGAUAUAACGAGAUAUCUAAAAGGACGGGACGCCAUGGUGAAUGCACACAAGAGUCAGAUGGUGUGGUUCCGGCAUGGUUGGAUCUCAAUCGGUAGAUAUAUGGUUGUGAACGACCUGAAGAGGGAGGAUGUGUAA